AUGUCCAGCUGGCAAACCAUUGAAAGCGAUGUUGGUGUCUUCACUCAUCUGGUGAAGGAUCUCGGUGUUGAGCAUAUCCAAUUUGAAGACGUGCCUUAUUUAGAACACUUGCGUAUGCUGACUACUCCUCUCUAUGGUGUUAUCUUUCUCUUCCAAUAUGAUCCUACUCCCUAUAGAAAUAAUACCCCUAUUCAAGGUGUUUACGAUGUUGACUACCCCGACGAACUGUUCUUUGCGCGGCAAACUAUCCAAGACGCUUGUGGGACUCAGGCAAUACUGAAUACCCUUCUAUCUAUUGCACAACAAAAUGGUGAUAAGAUUAAACUUGGAGACGAACUUACUAGAUUUUGGCAGUUCACUUCGGGAUUUAAGGAUCAGGUUUUACGUGGUGAGACUAUGUCCAAUUCUGAGAUGAUCAGAAAUGUGCAUAACUCAUUUACUUGCCCUGAUCCUUUUGAACGUGACCCAACGGCACCAAGGGAAGGGAAAUCCAGCCGUGAUGUUUAUCAUUUUACAGGGUUUAUUCCAUAUAAUGGCUAUAUUUAUGAACUAGACGGCUUACACGAGUAUCCUAUCAUACAUAGGCAUUAUGGCUCCGAUAAUACUGAUCCUAAAUCAUUUGCAAUUCACAUGGCUGCGUUACUAGAGGAACGAAUUGCUGCUAUGGAAGUUAGUACCAAUGGUAAAUUCUCUGUCAUGGCUAUGGUACACGAUAAGAUUGACUAUUUUUCCGAGAAACUGGAAUCACCAACAAUAGAUCAAACAGAACGUUACAAACUGCAAGAACUCCUAGAAAUUGAGCAGCAACAGCGUCAUAGAUGGAAACGGGAGAUUGCACUGCGCCGGCAGAACCUUUUUGGCUUGGUGUACGAAUUGACGAAACAGAUUACAAGUAACAUGUCUGAUACCCAGUUUCAAAAGCAACUGAGCUCAGCCAGCCAGGCAACAAUAGAAAGAUACUCAAGGCGCCACAGGUAG